AUGACUUCACACAAACCAGCUCUUCUUACAGUGCUGCUGGCGACAAACAUCCACUGCGCUUCUUGCGUCGCUCUUGUUAAGGAGAUUCUUACAUUCUACCAAUCCAUCACAAGUGUCGAUGUCUCUGUUCUUCAGCAAGAAGUCCGGGUCCGCCACGGUCCCGAAAUCAGUGCAUCGGACUUGACAAGCACACUCAUCGAUGCUGCGUUCGAAGUACAGCUAGCCACGACCCAGGAUGAGUCUACAGGGCAGAUCCUGGAGUCCAUUGAGACUUCCUCAUGGGUGACGUCGCCGCCUGUCGUGCGAUCACCUCUUCUGUCAUCCGGUACACACACCAGAGUCACGCGGGAACGCAGGUUAUACGAGUCCCAACGACGUAAGCACAUAGAAAACUGCCAGGCCUGCCAGACCGAGCGACAGUAUGCUCUCCACGAGGCUAAAAACUCACCACCCAAGUACGACAGAGUCUGGACAGAGAAGCUGGUGACGACAACACCAACACUGAAAAAGAACGACCCCGAAAAGGAGACCCCGACCCUGGAGUCUGUGCAGGUCACGCAACCAAAGCUGCCGGAUGUGUUCCAUGCCCGUAUUGCGAUAUCUGGCAUGACGUGUGGUGCAUGUGCGAAUUCAGUCACGGAAACGAUACAGCAACUAGACUUUGUCAAGGAGGUGUCUGUGACAUUGUUGACCAACAGCGCUGCUUUGAUUUUUACUGGGCCACGAGAGAAUAUCGAUAAAAUCAUCGACGAAAUCGAGUCUACUGGGUUCGAUGCCACAGUCGACACGGUCGAGAAAGUCACCGAGACAGGAAACGAUGUAAUACCUGUUUGGGAGGCUCAAUUUGGCAUUGGCGGAAUGACUUGUGCUUCUUGCGUGAAUGCUGUUACGAAUCAUGUCAAGCAGAUGGACCAUGUCAAAGAUGUGUCUGUCAGUUUGUUGAACAACAGUGCCACCAUUGUCUUUUCAGGCGAUCAAUCCUACAGCAAGACGAUUUGCGACGAGAUCGAAGCUAUCGGGUACGACGCUUCGUUGAUCGAAGUCGUGCAACAAAACAAGCCCCCUUCCGAUGCUCGCCCUAGGUCUAAUAGGUACAUCGCAAACAUCAGCAUCAACGGUAUGAGCUGUGGCGCAUGUGUUGGAAAAGUGACGCAAGCCGUUCAGAGUAUUUCCCACGUCAAUGAUGUUGUGGUCGAUUUGCUUUCGUCUAGUGCACGGGUCGAAUUCGAAGGCAAGGACAACACGCAACAAAUUAUAAACGAGAUUGAGGAUAUUGGCUACGAAGCGACCCUCAUCGAUUGCAAGCCAGCUGAAGUCGACACUACUUCAAAGCCAACGGAACGAACAGUCAUGAUACGUGUCGACGGAAUGUUCUGCCACCACUGUCCUGAUAAGGUACUCCUGUCACUCAAAGACCUGGACGACAGCAUCCAAAUUUCAAAAGAUCCAACGUUGAAAGAUCCGAUUGUCAAAGUUACCUAUACACCCAAGCAACCGAACUUGACAAUCCGACGGAUUUUGGGUAUUAUCGACUCGUCCCAUGAAAACUUCAAAGCAAGCAUUUACCACCCUCCAUCUAUCGAAGAUCGUUCUCGCGCAAUGCAACUGCGCGAGAGACGUCGUUUCCUCUUCCGUCUCGCAUUUGUCCUCAUGGUCGCCAUUCCAACAUUCAUCAUCGGAAUUGUCUUUAUGGAUCUCGUCUCCUCCGACAACCGUGCUCACCAGUACCUAUCAGAACCAAUUCUGGGAGGAUCUGUUUCUCGCAUGGAAUGGGCAAUGUUCUUUGCAACUACACCUGUCAUGUUCUACGGCGCAGACGUAUUCCACAUCCGAGCUAUGAAAGAGGUUCAGGCCCUGUGGCGACCGGGAAGCAAAGUACCGCUCUUGCGUCGUUUCUACCGCUUCGGUAGCAUGAACUUGUUGAUUUCGGCUGGGACCUCAGUGGCGUAUAUUGCGUCUCUCGGUGUACUUAUAGCUGGCGCAACUACAAAGUCUUCAGAUGCCACGAAUGUGGAUACGUAUUUCGACAGUGUGGUGUUUUUGACAUUAUUCAUUCUGGCUGGUCGUGCUUUGGAAGCUUACAGCAAGUCCAAAGCUGGCGAUGCUGUUUCCGACUUAGGAAAGCUACGGCCAAGUGAAGCGUUAUUGGCAAAUCCCACUACUUCAGAAUCGGUAGAUUCUGAUAGUGGUGUGCAGAGGAUACAUGUCGAUUUGCUUGAAGUCGGUGAUAUUGUCAUUAUUCCCCACGGUGCUUCCCCUCCAGCAGACGGCGUAGUCACCAGCUCCGGUGAUUACCAAUUUGACGAGAGCUCCCUCACUGGCGAGUCGCGACCCGUCUCAAAAUCAACCGGCGAUGAAAUAUACUCUGGUUCCGUCAACGUCGGCCAGCAGGUAUCCAUCAAAGUGACGGAGGUUGGAGGCGCUUCCAUGCUUGAUAAAAUCGUCAGCGUUGUCCGCGAAGGACAGAGCAAGCGAGCACCCAUGGAACGAGUUGCAGAUGUGAUUGUUGCAUAUUUCGUGCCCGUCAUCACACUCAUAGCCAUCCUGACUUUUAUCAUCUGGCUUGCACUUGGGCAAUCUGGUUCUCUUCCAUUGGGAUAUCUUGACACUACACUCGGUGGCUGGACUUUCUGGAGCUUACAAUUUGCUAUUGCCGUGUUUGUUGUGGCGUGUCCAUGUGGUCUAGCCCUCGCUGCACCGACGGCUCUCUUCGUUGGCGUUGGUCUUGCAGCGAAGCGAGGUAUCUUGGUCCGAGGAGGUGGAGAAGCUUUCCAAGAAGCUACACGUCUUGAUGCGAUUGUGUUUGACAAGACUGGCACCUUGACUGAGGGCGGGAACCUCAGAGUAUCUGAGCAUGAGAUUCUUGACUCUACAAACUCUCAAAAGGUUGCUAUCGCGUGGACGUUGGCCCGAGAACUAGAACAGACUAGUAACCAUCCGAUCGCGAAGGCCAUUGUCGAAUUUUGCAAGGAUAAACUAUCUGCCGAGAACAAGAUUGGUGUGAAGUCAUCUGAUAUUCUUGAGAUCUCUGGCCAGGGCAUGAAAGGCACCUUCACACUCUUAAUCGAUGGUGAGACUGCGUCGUAUGAAGCAGUCAUUGGCAACGAACGACUUGCAAAGAGUGUUGUUACCCAGACAUCGGACUCGCAAUACUUCUUUGAGAACAUUCUAUCCAGAUAUCAGUCGGCUGGACGUUCAACAGCUAUUCUGCUCCUCCGUAAAGCUCAAUCAUCGAUCAAUAAAAAGGACAAGGAGACCGGCGUCGACAUGGACAACUCUGACCACUAUACUCCCCUAAUCAUAUUCGCUACAUCGGACCCCAUCCGCGCCGAGUCAGCUCAGGUCAUCGCCCAACUCCAAAAACGCAACAUAGCCGUCUACAUGUGUACCGGCGACAACGAAAAGACCGCCCAUGCCGUCGCAUCUACACUCGGCAUCCCACAGACCAUGGUUCUCGCAAACGUAAUGCCAGCACAGAAAGCGGAAUACAUUCGCAAAAUCCAGUUCUCAUCACUAUCUUCUUCAGACACUGAGAACCAGACAAAGCAACAAGUCAGGAAGAUAGUUGCCUUCGUAGGCGACGGCACAAAUGAUUCCCCGGCUCUCACAGCCGCGGACGUUAGUAUCGCCAUGUCGUCCGGCUCCGAUGUCGCAAUUUCUUCCUCAUCAUUCAUUCUGUUGAAUUCAAACCUCACCACAAUCUUCGAGUUGGUGAAACUAUCGCGCCGCGUCUUCAAUCGCAUCAAACUCAACUUCUUCUGGGCCGCGAUAUACAACGUCAUCCUUGUCCCCGUCGCCGCGGGCGCGUUUUAUGCAAUUCCUGACGGGACGCAGAGUAUCACUGUGGCGGGUUAUACGCAGCAUGUAAGUGGGCACUGGAGACUGAGCCCCGUUUGGGCUUCGCUUGCGAUGGCGUUGAGUAGUGUUAGUGUUGUGACAAGUAGUUUGGCGUUGAGAAUUGAGGGAAGGGAUAUCAAGAGGUGGAUUAUGAAGGUGUUUAAAAAGGCAUAA